AUGGAAAUUCCCUUUGUCUGCAGGUUUGCUGUGUCUGGGGCCCCGAUUUAUACUACAUCUACUACAGACUACUAUACGGCAGCUGUUGUGGAACUAGCUACUUCUCGUACUUCUAACAAUGUGACAAACGAAAACCUAAUAGAAAAUGUUGACGUAUACAUUGAAUAUAUAUCCAAUGCCUCCCUAAGUCAGGUAGACAUCAUAGUGUUCCCAGAAGGUGGUUUAACAGAAUCUGUAGAGGUUGGAGAUAUUAGUGGUGCAACUCCUUGUAACAUAACUGCUUACCAUCAGGUGUUGGCAACGCUGUCAUGUGCUGCCAGACAGUACAGCAUGUAUGUGGUGGUAACACUGCCUGAGAUUUACAACAAUGCCUUCAAUAAAACUCAUCUGUUUACCACCAGCCUGGUUUUCAACCGUAAUGGAACUGUUACAGCCAGGUACAGGAAGUACCACCCUUACGGCAAGUCUGCAACCAAACCUCCGCUUGAACUUACGUAUUUCGAAACUGAUUUUGGAGUGACGUUUGGAAUGUUAAUCUCUUUUGACAUUCAGUUUCUAGAACCAGGAAUCGUUCUUGCCAGAGACCGUGGAAUAAAGCAUUUUGUGUUUCCAAACUGUUGGGUUUCUGCACUACCUUUCUUCACUGCUGUGCAGACACAAUGGGCCUGGGCCUACGGCCUAGACGUAGUUCUAUUGGCCUCAGGAUGUAACGAUCCUCUCCACGGUGGUACAGGGUCCGGGGUCUACCUUGGAAGACAAGGAGCUCUUCAGUACCUCCAGACGAGUCACUCCACCUCGACCAUGCUAGUGGCUAGGGUGCCCAAAUAUCUAGUCUCAUCUCUACCUCAGAAUAACUCUCUGUUUCUACUGAGAGACUACGUUGAUGUGUACGAGAGUCGUCUACUUAUGUCUACUGAAGAUGUAAAGUCUCUUCUACCAAGCGGUCCAGUAGAAAACUCUUCAGUAGAAGUUAGAGUUGCUACAGACACUACAGUAUGUCACAACCAGCUCUGCUGUGAUUUCCAGCUCAAAGUCUCCACAAACUUCAGUACAACUCCUGCAGAUCCUCCUAGAGCUGACGACUUCAGCACAUCUUCCUACCGCCUGGUGGCGUUUGACGGUGUAAGAUCUUAUGGUGGAGGAGUAGCAACUGGUGGUAUACAGGUGUGUGCAAUCAUUCCAUGCGUCAACGAGUCACUAUCAUCAUGUGCAAUGCCAGCCCUGUCUGCUCAGUUUGUCAAGCUCGGUCCCCUAUACAAGGUUUCUACUGUGUUUGAGGCCAUCACCAUCUCCACAACUAUCCUGUACAACAGCACCUUCGUAUACCCGGAUAUCCUAGUAACUGGAUCUGGAUACAGCUAUGGAGCUCUGGUAUCCUCGGAUAUUUUCUCAUUCGUUGCUUCAGAUCCUCUCAAUGGUUCUCAGCGAGUAACACUCAAGGAAGAAAAUGAGCUCAGCUCAAUUAGACCAUGA